AUUCGAUAAACACACUGUGCGUCUGUGGAUAUCGGACUCCAUUGGGAGGGUCGUGGACAAGACACAUCUAUGAUUUAGCGGUCUUGUGGAAGGUACUCUAGCGUGAAUCAGACGCGUAUGGGACCGGCCCGGUCAAAUCCUGGUUUGGACUGACAUCAACUACAACUAGUACAGUCGAAACCGCGCCUUGCUGCAACGUCCUCUCAGCGGUCGCCCGCCUCCAUCCCUCAACCAGCGAAUCAAAUUCAACACCCAAGCCCAGUCGACAUUCGGCUAGAAGACGGAUUGCCCGGAUUUGGACUCGGAAAACACACGGAACUCGCUUCGACAUAUAUACUGAACAUACGAUCCACGCCCAUCCGAAACCGCUCCAACCAUGUCAGCCUCCUCGUUCACCAACAAGCCUGACCCUAUUCUGCUGACCCUCUUCGCGAACCGCUUCAUGAGCGUCGCGGAGGCGAUGGGACGCAGCCUGCAGCAGACCGCCAUCAGCACAAACAUCAAGGAACGUCUGGAUUUCUCAUGUGCGCUCUUCGCGCCGGACGGCGAUCUGGUGGCCAAUGCGCCGUUCAUCCCGAUUCACCUGGGCUCGAUGAGCUUUGCGGUGAAGUACCAGAUGAAGCGCCAUGGAAAGACACUGAAGGAGGGAGACGUGCUGAUGACCAACUCCCCGCAUGCUGGAGGCUCACACCUUCCCGACAUCACGGUGAUCACCCCCGUCUUCGAUCCCAGCACCAAGGAGAUCAUCUUCUUCACUGCGUCCCGAGGGCACCAUGCUGAUAUCGGUGGAAUUCUGCCAGGAUCCAUGCCCCCGACAUCCGUGAGUAUCUUCGAGGAGGGCGCGGAAAUCGAGAGCUUCAAGGUCGUCAACGGGGGCAUCUUUGACCGAGAUGGGUUGGUAGACUAUAUGGUGGACAGGCCCAGUCGGUAUCCCGGUAGCUCAGGAUGCAGGAACAUCAAGGAUGUGGAGAGUGAUCUGAAGGCCCAAAUCGCAGCCAACCACAAAGGCAUCCAGCUCAUCCACGCCAUUGUGGAAGAUUACGGCUUGGAAACUGUGCAAGAAUAUAUGUAUCACAUCCGAGCCAACGCCGAAGCGUCUGUACGGAAUCUUCUCCGUGACGUCGUCAAGCGCAUGGGGACGACGACGCUGCGGGCGAUCGACUACCUCGAUGACGGGUCCCCGAUCCAGCUCAAGGUCGACAUCGACGAAGCCAACGGAUCGGCGGUGCUGGACUUCACCGGCACCGGCUGCGAAGUACGGGGAAAUCUCAACGCGCCAAUCUCGGUCGUGCAUUCCGCUGUGAUCUACUGCAUGCGGGCGAUGCUGGACUUGGAUAUCCCGUUGAAUGCCGGGUGUCUGGUGCCGAUCGAGAUCAUCAUCCCUCCCAAAUCAUUGUUGUCGCCUUCGCGGACGGCCGCUGUCUGCGGAGGGAAUGUCCUCACCUCGCAGCGGAUCGUCGAUGUCGUGCUCAAGGCUUUCCAUGCCGCUGCAGCCAGCCAGGGGUGCACCAACAACCUGACAUUCGGGGCCGGUGGCAAGGACAAAGAGGGCAAGAACAUUGCCGGAUGGGGAUAUUAUGAGGCAAGUAUCUUUCCCGGCUGCGUGUGGUCUCUGCAUGCUGAUCAGGCAUUAGACCAUCGCCGGUGGCUCGGGUGCGGGCCCAACAUGGCAUGGCACCGACGGCGGGACGUUGAAAUCAUAGAACGCCGGUAUCCAGUAAUCCUGCACCAGUUUGGCCUGAGGGCAGGAUCAGGUGGUCAGGGUGAAUUCCGGGGUGGUGAUGGAGUCAUCCGGGAGCUGGAGUUUCUCGAACCAUUGCAAGUGUCGUUCAUGUCUGAACGUCGAACCCGGCAACCGUACGGAAUGGAAGGUGGCGAACCUGGGGCACUCGGGCGAAACACAUGGAUCAAGAAACUGCGGAAGGAAGACGGAGACUUGACAGAGGACGCGAAUGCACUCUCACGUGAUAUCAACAUCGGCGGAAAGGCCACAGUUUGGAUGGGCAAGGGCGACCGGCUUUUGAUUGAAACUCCUGGAGGAGGAGCGUGGGGCGCGGCGAGAUCUCAAUCGGGGUCACAGGCGAAACACCAAGCCAGCUGGGAGCCCCGUGGCUCAUUCGCAGAGCGGGCAGCAGCGCAGGCUGGGUUCUAAGCAGCCAUGGAUCGAGUUCUAAUGAAUUGGAUUGUGAGUCUAGGAGAUUGAUAGCAAUGGGAAGCCAGAUGUGAUAUAUAUACAACAUUGUUGAUGCGUCAUCAUAUAGAUACAACCGACGCUAAUGCGCGGUCAGAGGUCAUGA